AUGGCACAAUACAAUGGACCGCCGGUUUCCAAACCAGAGCACUUGGGACCCAGCCGUUUCCAACAAGAAGCCCCACGCGAGUCAGACUCCAAUCACCGAUACUUCCUCAGUCUUGCUCACCCACCGUGUGGAACUUUGGGGGGCGGGGGGGUUCACGUUUAUCGCCCCAUCCAAUCUUCCCAAGUUAAUGUGAUCCGAAACAAGUCAUGGUCUAUUGAAAAGACCCAAAACCUUGAAAGGAUCUCAGUUCAAAAUAGGGAGGGCAUCACUACCGUGCAGCCUUCAUCCUUCAUCGAGCCGCCAAUAGCAGGAGCUGGCUUCUUGUGCACCUAUCUAGCCCGACCUGAUGAAGGCAUGGCCUCCAACUCCUGCCCCAAGUCGUCGCCCCGUCUUUCACCAGGUAUCCGAGUCGCAAAUACCGCACCGACGACGGCAGCCCACCGUAAGUCCCCUAGAAGGCAAAUGUAA